AUGCCCGUCGAGCUUCGCAAGCGCAAAGCUCCUGCGCCGGCCCCAGAGCCGCCAGUUAAGAAGCAAUCCAAAGUUUCAAAAGCUGCCUCCAAGGUUAAAGAGGCCGUCAAGGCCAAACCUACCAAGCCUACCAAGACAACCAAGACCACCAAGUCUGCCGAUGCCAAUGGCUCUUCCAAGCCCGCCAAACCCGUAGUCGGUGACACGCUCACCCUCGACGGGUUUGGUGGCGAGUUCGAAACCAAUGACGGUAAAAAGACUACCUUAAAGGCCCUCCUAGAUGAGAGUAAAUCCGGAGUUGUGAUUUUCACGUACCCAAAGGCUUCCACACCGGGCUGUACCAACCAAGCGUGUCUCUUUAGAGACUCCUACGAGCCUUUGACCAAAGGUGGCCUCGCCAUCUACGGUCUCUCGGCUGACUCGCCUAAAGCCAACACUACAUUCAAGACCAAGCAGAACUUACCUUACCCCCUUCUAUGCGACACUAGCUUCGCAUUGAUUGAAGCCCUCGGUUUCAAGAAGGCGCCUAAGGGUGUCACUCGCGGCGUCUUCGUCGUUGACAAAAGCGGCAAGGUUCUCAUCGCCGAACCUGGCGGGCCUGCCGCAACGGUCGACGCCGUUAAGAAGCUGGUCGCUGAAAACGAGGAAGCGGAUGUGAAGGAGCCUGCUGACGAGGAGCCUGCGGAGAAGGCCACAGAAGAGGCUAAAUCCCCCAAUGGAGAUGCUACCAAGGAGAAGGAAGAGGAAGAUAGUGCGGCCGAGUGA